CGGAGCUCCAGCACUAAACCAGUAGGAAUAUUUGCGCAAAUGAUACUGAACUCCCUUCUCCACCGCAAACACGCGAAGGUGAAUGCCGAGAAGAGCAGAGGAGAUCUCAGAAGACAGAGAGGAGAAAUGCUUGCAAGCUGGGCAUUUUGAUGUAGGGUACAGCCCCCUGGAUGCUUCAGCACAGGUUGUACUCUAAAGGGAUUAUGCCCACUGUCCCACAAUGCUGCUACCCUCAGGUUGGCUGCUUAGACACUCUGUGGUCAUGUGGUUGCUGUUUCACAGCUUAGUGCUGAUGACACUGUGUUUCCACCAUGCUGCAACUUCCUGCUCCAAACGCUGUUACUGUUCAGACAGCGAGGGCUCAUUUGGUGGUAAGACUAUGCGCUGCAGCAACCUGCAACUUACUGAGAUCCCUCAGGACAUUCCCAAUGACACACGACGCCUUUACCUGGACUACAACCUCUUGACCAGCAUCCCUGCCAAUGCCUUUCAUGAUCUUCCAUUGCUAGCUGAACUGGAUCUUUCCCAUAAUGAGCUGGCUUUGCUUGAACCUGGAGCCUUCAGAGGCUUGGCAGCCUCUUUACAGUUUUUGGAUCUCUCGUCCAACCAGCUCACAACGCUGGAUCCAGAUGCCUUUGAAGGUGUUAGAGCAAGAUCCAAUCUCACUGGAAACCCCUGGCACUGUGACUGCAGGCUGCAGACAGCCCUUCCACGCCUAGACCUAGAGCCUGUGUCUUUGACUGGCAUUAUCUGUCAGACAUCUGAACCCUCUGACUCUGGAGCCAAAGGCGUGCCUUUCCUGCUGGCCAAAGACCUGGACCUGUGUGUGGUGCUCAAAAAGACCACGGACGUGGCCAUGUUGGUGACCAUGUUUGGAUGGUUCACCAUGGUCAUCUCCUACUUGGUCUACUAUGUGAGACACAAUCAGGAAGAUGCCAGGCGCCACCUGGAGUAUCUCAAGUCUCUGCCCAGCAGGCAGGGCAAGUCUGAGGAGUCUUCCACCAUCAGCACUGUGGUAUAGUGCCAGGCCAAGUGCUCAUGACAUGUGGAGGAAGCUUCUCAGGCUGCCAAAAGGCAAUGGGCACACUGGACAAUAGGCUACCUUUCUCUAAAGUUUUUAAAAUGAUCAGUUGAUUAAACUCAUAACAAAACAGAGAAUAACGGCUGUGUAUCCCUUGAAUCAUUGACCACUCACUUCACUCAGGAUUGAUCAGUACCCUCCCAAUGAACCCCGAAGAACUUCUGACAUAGGAUGCUUUGUGGUCAGUGGAGUGCAAUGUUCACAACAGGGAAAUGUGAAACAUAUCAUGCUAAAACCAUCCACAGACACGUGCAUGGACAGAGAUGACUGGAGACUGAAGGAGGGAAAUCACAGGGGCCAUCUAAUCCAAUUCAGAUGAAUAAUUGAUUCAGAAAUGGCCGAGCUUGAGGCUCAUCUUGACUAAGAGGUUUGUCUGCUCUGCAUGCUUUUAAAGGAGGUGUUUUUUCAUUCAGUGUUUCUUUUUUCAGUCAGAUCCCCAUUUAGCAGGCAUCACACGGAGCGUAAAGCACUCAUCCUACUGGGUAUUUACAAAAAGUACUGGUGUUGUCCCUGCAGGCAACAUCAAAAUUUUACAGAGCAACACAUUCUUGCACGCAUCAAUGAUUUUUCAGGUGUCUCAGUAAACAUGGUAUACAAACUGUGCAAAAGUCAAAAGCACUGUAGUUUGCUUUGAUACUCAGUGGUUAGGUUUUUAAGGGAGCACAGAAAAUGGUUAGUUAUUUUUUUCAUGAACACUGCAGCGUUAAUGACGCUGUGACUUAAAAGAAAUAAACAGGUUAGCUUGUUAUUUUUGUGAUCAGUCACUGUAAGAUAAAUCACUGUUGUCGUUUCUAGGGAAAACACCCUGAGACACUUAAAAAAAAUGCUUUAAAAUGUUUCAAAACCUUUAUGUUUAAAGAUAAUGAGAUGAUGUUGACCACCACAUAGUGUGUUUGCCCUGUUAGAACAGAUCCUUGGUAUGUCACAUCCAAUGCCGUGUGAUUGUUCAGUUUCUUAUAUGAGUGCCAGAAGGAAUAAUUCAGAAUGUCUGCCAAGAUAAAUCAUAAGUUGAAAACCACCUGAAUGUUCUGUCUGUGUGAUUUAAUAUCUUCAAAGAUUUACAAGUCAAAUCUGUAAAUGAAGAAAAUAGCAUUUUAUUAAUUCUUUACAAAAGGCAGUAAAGGACAUUAUGGAAUUUAUUAGAAAAGUGCACUCUGUUCCAAAAACCUAAUGAGCUGCCUAGCAAGACAUUUUAAUGUAUCAUAGGCACUCCUGACAGGAAAUCUGUUCCAAGUGAUAGGCAGGCAUAAUUUUGCUGGCAUCUGACUAUAUAGAUGGUAGAUAACAAGGCAGCUCACUAGGUAAUGACUGUUGUCCAGAUGUGGCUGUAAAUUGGUUCAGAAGCACUAGGUUUCUAUAUUAAUAAAGAAUGAAAGAAAACACUUUACAAUAUGGUUCUAAACAUUAACAUUAAUGCAUUAUAUAUCAUGAGCCAACAGUGAACAGUCAUUUUUUACAGCAUUUAUUUAUUUUUAUGCCAGUGUUAAUUUAUAAAUAUACAAUGUUACAUUUAGUGAAAAUAAAAAACAGUUUUUAAGUGUUUUAAAUGUUUUUUCAUGCUUUCAGCUAUUGUGGAAGCUAACCUUAAUGUAUACAAUCUUAUUGUAAAGUGUUAAGUGAAAUACAUUAUUAUUUGCUGAUCAAGCAUAUGUUGGAUCUUCUGCUUCAGUGUAAGCAACAGAAAAUGUAUGCAUUAUGUGGUUAGCUUGAAAGUGUUAUCUGCAUUAGAGUGCCAACAUGGCAUUGUUUUUUUUUUUAGGUGAUUGCAGGGUGCAUUCAUCCUAUUGAUCCAAACAUUAUUCAAGAAUUCUAUAAA